AUGAAACGAGGACAUUAUUUUUUAGGAUUAGACGAUUCGCGUAAUAAAUUACCUCGUUACUAUAAUAGUCAAAUUCACAUUUAUCGAAUCAUUGGCAAUGACCUUCCUCCACGCCAUAAAGUUGGUCAAGUUCUCCAAAAUACUCGGUUUAUUUUAGAGAACGAACCUGAUUUUCCAAAUUCAAAAAAAUGGUGGAUAAUUAAUCGUAUUGUUGAUAGCGAUUAUGAAAAUGCAAUAAUUGAUUUACUAAAGCAACAUAAAAAAGAUUUUAUUAGAAUACCUUUUGAUGUGAAUGAAUAUCUUAAAGCUGAUUUUCGUCUAGAAGAUUUCCCUGAACCUGAUUUCUUUCAUUCUUAUGAAUUUAUGAAUUUUACAAAAAAUGGUGGUCGAAAUAUAGCCUUAAUGCAUGGUCAAUCUCAGCCAAAUGCUCGAUGGAUAUUCCCUUUUGAUGGAAAUUGUUUCUUGACUAAUAAUGCAUUUACGGAAAUUACGUCUCAACUUGAAAAAUGGGGCAAUGAUUAUAAAUAUUUCGUGGUUCCUAUGGCAAGAUUAUUAAAUAAUUCUGAAUUAUUGUCCGGUACUGAUCAAAAACCGCCAACUCCUGAGGAACCUCAAAUCAUAUUUCGUUAUGAUGCUGAAGAAAGAUAUAAUGAGAAUAUGCGCUAUGGCGUUCCAACUCCAACCAAAUUCGUCGUUAGACCGGUUAUUCCAUGGGAAAAUAAUGAUGAUUUGUCGAAUCACACAUCAGACAACCGGUACAUGAUAGUCGGCUGGAUAUACCGAUUAUUCUCCGGACAAGCUUCGCAAGAGUUAAACCACAAAGAAGCUGGUGCAUUAAGAGCAUUUAAUCGAUUAUUAGCUAUUCAGGAGUUAAUCGAUGGUAUAGAUGAACGAAUUGCAAGAAAUAAUUACCAUUUUAGUCCUGCUAAUUUAUUUUUAUAUAAUGAAAAGUCACUAAAUAAUGCAAAAUUAAAAUAUUGGUCUGGUAAUGAAAAGAUUACGAGGAUUGUCGAUAUUCUGUUAGAUCGUGCUAAUGAGAUAACUUCUGCUAUUUCCGAUUUUUAUGGAAUUGAUGACUUCUUAUCUACCAAAAAAUCUAGUAUUCUAAUAGAAUUCUUAAAAUUCAAGACCGAUCCUGAGACAAAUUUACUUGAUGGUGAAUCAAAUGAAAUGCCUGAUCAUGUCUCUUCGACUUCUCAAUUAUUUCAAAAUAUUACAACUUUAACUUUGGCUAAUUAUUUUUCUGGAAACUCUUCCUAUGCACGAUGGGCCGCAAAUCUUGUUCGUACAUUUUUGUUAUCAUCUCAUGGUGUUGGUGAUGAUGAUAAAAUUACUCUCCCGGAAUAUAAUGACCAUUGUACUAAUUGCAAUACAACUGUUGAUGAAGGUUAUGGUUUUCCUUAUUUAAAUAAGAUUCCACGUACAAUCCCUAAAUUUACUAAAAAUUCGGAAUCAAAUGAUGACUCUCCGAUGUUUUAUAAAAUACCUAAGGAUAUAUCUGAGAUUGAUCCAUCCUACUUUCUGGAUUCAUGUAAAUUACUUUAUCGGAUAAAAGCAUUAACCCAUAGAGAAUUUAUAGAGCUUAAGGCAUUAGUAUCAUAUUGGCUCGAGUAUUUAAUAAGUUCACCGGAAGGCAUUUCCAUGGCGCGCAGGCCGGACCAUAGAGGAACUCUUUAUGAUCUUCAAGUUCUUUCUCUUUCUGGAUUUAUUGAUGAUGUUAGAUUAUUUUUGAGAGUUUCUAAUCGAUUAAGAAUGAGAAUAGGAAAACAAUUUUAUAUUGCUCAUGACGCAUCAUUAACGAACGCUGCUAAAAUAAGUCAACCGUAUGAGAUGAUGUAUGUUAAAAACAUGAUCACGAAUAAACAAAUUAAACCAUCAGCUUAUGAAGAUAAUGUUUUCAAGUAUAAAUCUUUGAAUUUACAAUAUUGGAUGUUGAUUACAAGGACAAUACAAAAUGUUAAAAUAAGUAAUGAUUUAUGGUUAUAUCAAUCAAAGGAUGGUCAAAAUUUGUUGAAGGCUAUCAUAAGUCAUCUAAAUAAAUAUUCUAAUAAAUAUUUACAUACUGAGGGUAAUAGAGAACAAAUAAUGAAGGAUAAUUUAUUUUUACUGAAACCUUUACUGCAUAUUGCGUGUGCUGCUCAUGAAACUGGUUCGAAACAAUCACAAAAGAACAAUGAACAUGGUCAUUUGCAAAGAAUAGUGAAAAAAUUUAGUGAGAAAUAUUCAUUUGAUUAUAGUGAUUAUAGUGAUAAAUCUGAAAAAAGGGAAUAUACGGAUAUGAAUGUUGGAUUGGGUAGUGAAAUAGGGAAAAGUGGAAUUCCUCCAUUCUGGAUGUUCGGCGUAGCAUAA